GCUGAGGAGCCCCAGAGCCCAGCCGAAGGAACUUAGGCACACCGGCUUCCCAGAGCCAAGGAAUCGGCUCUGUAAACUCACAACUCCAAGAAGCCCUCCCAAGUUCCAGCUUCCAGGAGCGGAGGACUCUCGGUCCCAAGAUCGGCGUCCUGGGAAGGAGCUCCAAGCGCUCCCAGCUUCCAGGCACAAAGGACCCCCUGUGCGUCCCACCAUGGUGGCAGAUCCUCCUAAGACCGAACCUAAGGGGUUCACGGAGCCCGCCGCGAAUGAUGGACAGGCGCUGGGUCCCAGAGAGGACCAAGUCGUGACCUCAGGUGGCUCCUGCGGUUCUUGGAACCAGGUGCGCCGUUGCCUUCGCGCCAAUCUGCUGGUCCUGCUGACUGUGGUGGCCGUGGCGAUUGGCGUGGUGCUGGGGCUGGGGGUUUCGAGGGCAGGCGCCCUGAGCCCACAGUUCUGGGCCGUCUUCGACUUCCCUGGCGAGCUAUUACUGCGCCUGCUGAAGAUGAUCAUUUUGCCGCUGGUAGUGUGCAGCCUGAUCAGUGGCGCCGCCAGCCUGGACCCGAGCGCGCUUGGCCGCCUGGGCGCCUGGGCGCUGCUCUUUUUCCUGGUCACCACCCUGCUCGCGUCUGCUCUCGGCGUGGGCUUGGCUUUGGCGCUGCAACCCGGCGCCGCUUUUGCGGCCUUCAACUCCUCUUUCGAAGGGGUCACCGGCACUGAGGAAGAGUUCCCCAGCAAGGAGGUGCUGGAUUCGUUCCUGGAUCUUGCGAGAAAUAUCUUUCCCUCCAACCUGGUGUCUGCGACCUUUCGCUCUUACUCUACCUCCUACCAACGGAUCGAGAUCAACGGAACCCUGGUGAAGGAGCCUAAUGGGAAGGAGGUCGAGGGCAUGAACAUCCUGGGCCUGGUGGUGUUUGCCAUCAUCUUUGGUGGGGCCCUGCGGAAGCUAGGCCCUGAGGGGGAGCUGCUCAUCCGCUUCUUCAACUCCUUCAAUGAUGCCACCAUGGUGCUGGUCUCCUGGAUCAUGUGGUAUGCUCCUGUGGGCAUCCUGUUCCUUGUGGCCAGCCAGAUUGCGAAGAUGCAGGAUGUGGGGAAGUUCUUCAUCAGCCUCGGCAAAUAUAUCCUGUGCUGCCUGCUGGGUCACGCCAUUCAUGGAAUCCUGGUGUUGCCCCUCAUCUACUUCCUCUUCACCCGAAAAAACCCCUACCGCUUCCUGUGGGGCAUCAUGGCACCGUUAGCCACCGCUUUUGGGACCUCCUCCAGCUCCGCCACGCUGCCCCUCAUGAUGAAGUGCGUGGAGGAGAAGAACGGCGUGUCCAAGCACAUUAGCCGCUUCAUCCUGCCCAUCGGCGCCACGGUCAACAUGGACGGGGCGGCGCUCUUCCAGUGCGUGGCUACUGUGUUCAUUGCCCAGCUCAACGGGCGAUCCCUGAACUUCGUGGAUAUCAUCAUCAUCCUGAUCAUGGCCACCGCGUCCAGCGUAGGGGCAGCGGGCAUCCCUGCAGGCGGUAUCCUCACUCUGGCCAUCAUCCUCGAAGCAAUCAGUCUCCCUGUCAGGGAAAUCUCCUUGAUUCUGGCUGUGGAUUGGCUAGUGGACCGGUCCUGUACCAUCCUCAAUGUGGAAGGUGAUGCUUUUGGGGCAGGACUCCUCCAGAGUUAUGUGGACCGAACGAAGAUACAGAGCAUGGAGCCCGAAUUGGUCCAGUUUAAGAGUGAGGUGCCCCCAAAUCCAGUGCCGGCUGCCAUUGAGGAAGGGAACCCCCUCCUCAAACAGUAUCAGGGCCCCCCUAGGGAUGCUGCCACCUGUGAGAAGGAGUCAGUGAUGUGAACCCCUGGAGGUAACUACCUGCCUGCCCUGCUGAGGGGCACCCUGGACAUUGGGGUGGAUAAAUGGACACACUGGGGCUGGGGGCUGCUGCGUGCAUGCUCCAGGGGACCAGCACCACUGCCUCGCUCUAGACAGGAGACUGGGUGGCCUCACUGCUGGGUGUGUGCCUGUGUUGCAUGUCUCCCAACACCCCCCCACCUUGCUCCUCGACUUCUGUCCCCCACCCUAGGUGAUAGUUUUGCACCCAGCUCCAUCCGGAUCCACCUGGCCUUUCCCACCUCCGUGUAGAUCACCUUGUAGAGUUCUAUAGGCUUUGAGGGCGCACUAUCCAGGUGUUGCUGGUUAUUUUGGGGGCUGUGGCUGUGGCUGUAGAUGUAGUGUGUGUGUGUGUGUGUGUGUGUGUGUGUGUGUGUGUGUGUGUGUGUACGUGUGUUCUGUGACCACUGAACUUUCUAUGGUACAUUCCAUCCAGUCCCCAGACCCUGUAUUUCCUCCAUGGUAACAAAUACUCCCAGAAACCCCUGGGGGGAAGGCCAAGAAUAAAUAUUGUCACUCCAAAAGACACUCUCUAGCAAUUAAAUUGUCAAGUAUAUUUAAUCAGGUGUUUUCAGAUUUUGAUUAAAAGCACUAACCCGGACAACAGAAACAUGAUAAAUUGGACUUCAUUGGAAAAAAAAAAAAUCUGUUCGUCAAAACCACCAGAGAAAAACAACGGGGCAGUUUCUUUUUUUUUUUCUACUUGAAGUUUUUGUGUUUUUUUGAUACUGAGGAUUGAACCU